AUGCUAAAGUGCCUAGCACAUCUACAGACCCGUCAUUUUGCACCUCACAGCAUCCUAGCUAAACGACUGAUCCGCAAUAUGGCUUCCAACACUGUAGGCACCAUCACAUCCAGCUUGUCCAAGCUUGGAAUUGAACCUCCGGCCGCUGAACCAGCUUCUUUUCCAGAAGCCAAUGCCGUCGAUUUAAUGAGAAAUUACAUUACUGACGAGUUACACAGACUCUCUAGCAUCGACAAGUCGAUUAUUUAUCCUGCCUUGGACACACCCUCCACUUUGGACAAGGGAGAUUUGAUUGUUCCACUUCCUCGGUUGAGACUCAAGGGAGUAAAUCCUAAAGAAAAGGCUGUUGAAUGGGCUGCUGCUUUCGAGAAGGGUAAACUUUUGAGUGAAGUAAAAGCUGAAGGACCAUUCUUGCAAUUUUUCUUCAGCACCUCUGUGCUUUUCAAUGUGGUUAUUAAGGACAGUUUGACCAGAACCACCGAAUACGGUGCGUUGCCUCUUGGUAAAGGAAAGAAGGUUGUCAUUGAGUUCUCGUCACCAAACAUUGCCAAACCAUUCCAUGCCGGUCACUUGCGUUCCACCAUCAUUGGUGGUUUCUUAUCUAAGUUGUACGAGAAAGAAGGCUGGGAAGUAAGCAAAUUGAACUACUUGGGAGACUGGGGUAAGCAGUUUGGAUUGUUAGCCAUUGGUUUCCAGCGUUAUGGUUCUGAAGAAGAAUUGGUGAAGAACCCAAUCAACCAUUUGUUCGAAGUUUACGUGCGUAUCAACCAAGAUGUGGCUGCUGAGGGACCCGAUGCCGUUGGUGGUGUCAACGACCAGGCAAAGCAUUACUUCAAGCGCAUGGAAGACGGUGACGAAGAAGCAUUGGUGUUGUGGAGAAGAUUCAGAGACUACUCUAUCGAAAAGUACAUCGACACCUAUGCUCGUCUUAACAUUGUUUAUGACAAGUACGCUGGAGAGUCUUUGGUUUCCAAGCAAAAGAUGAAGGAAGUGGUACAAAUCUUCAAUGAAAAGGGCUUGAUACACGAAGAUAAAGGUGCCAAGUUGAUCGACUUGACCAAAUUCAACAAAAAAUUGGGUAAGACUUUGGUGGAAAAAUCCGAUGGUACAUCCAUCUACUUGACUCGUGAUGUUGGUGAAGCCAUUGCACGGUACGAGACCUACAAAUUCGACAAGAUGAUUUACGUUAUUGCGUCGCAACAAGACUUGCAUACUGCUCAGUUCUUUGAGAUUUUGAAGCAGAUGGGUUUCGAAUGGGCCAACAGAUUAGAGCAUGUCAACUUUGGUAUGGUGCUUGGUAUGUCCACCAGAAAGGGAACGGUGGUGUUUUUGGACAAUAUUUUGGAGGAAACCAAGGAAAAGAUGCAUGAGGUGAUGAAGAAGAAUGAGGACAAAUAUGCUCAAAUUGAAGAUCCUGAAAAGGUGGCCGACUUGGUUGGUAUCUCUGCGGUGAUGAUCCAAGAUAUGCAAUCCAAGCGUAUCAACAACUACGAGUUCAAGUGGGACAGAAUGACAUCUUUUGAAGGUGACACUGGUCCUUACUUACAAUACGCUCACUCGCGGUUGAGUUCUGUGCAAAGAAAGAGUGGAAUUCCCAAUGAAAAAUUGACCGAGGCUGAUCUUUCACUCUUGACCGAGCCUUGUGCCGGCAACUUGAUCAGAAUCUUGGCUCAAUACCCAGAUAUUUUGAGAAGAGCUAUGACUACUCACGAACCAUCGACCAUAGUCACAUACUUGUUCAACUUGACCCAUGUCGUUUCUCAAUGUUACGAUAUUUUAUGGGUGGCAGGUCAAGAGGAGAAAUUGGCUACUGCCAGAUUGGCUUUGUACGCCAGUGCCAAACAAGUUUUGUACAAUGGUAUGACACUUUUGGGCUUGACUCCGGUGGAGAGAAUGUAA